AUGGCUACUUCAACGAAGAUCUGGCUGACGCCGAAGAAUGCCGGUGUUUUCAGCUCUUCCAAUUUGAGCUCCGCAUCUGCACGCAAAGUGAGCGAGGUACUCCAACAUGACAUGGAAAAUCACCACAUCUAUCUCAAUGAGAUCCAGUUUCACGGCAAGUAUCACAUCGUACACUUUAUGCUCACCAUCUGGUCUCUCGGGGCUUCUCCCGAAACCAUCCAGCUUCAGUAUGAGCGAGAGGACAAACGCCAACGCCCCGCGUUUCCGCGGGACGAAAAUGUCAUCGCAUCCUUCUCCAGCAAAGCUGAGUUCAUGAAGUACAUGUUCCAAGAGGAGCACUACUCGAACUACCUGGCUUUCUUCCAGCGCGAGAUUGCCACAAAAGGCGUCCCGGCUGUGAUGAAUGAAUAUCUGUUCAGUGGUGACAAGCUCGCCGAGUCUCUACUUUCACGGAUGUUUGCGGGUCUCGUUCAUCCUAUCAUUCAUCUUGGUUUCGGUAUCGAGUUUGAACAGCCCGCCAUCGUUGCCCAGGCCUUGGCGCAGGCAUCAGUCCACCAGGACUAUCUGGGUGACCAGUUCUUCAAUCCCGCUACGGCCGUCGCGACUGCCAACUUGCAACCAUCACCUUCCAAAUCGUUAUUGCAAAUCAUGGGAGAAAUGCGCGCAGAUGAAAAAGUCAAAAGCUCAUCGCAGCAUGGAGACACGGAUGUUUUUGAGGACGGCAUCCUCAAGCGGGCUGGUGACGAGGUCAUUCACCACUGCAGCAAAUGGACAGUCCCAGAGGACCGGAUUUUCGAAAAGCUUGCUGAAAUGGUUAAUACAGCGAUAUACUGGACCGCAACGGCCCAAAAUCCGGAGAAAGAGUUGAAGCUAGACUUCUUCUUCAUCCAUGCUGUCAAUCUAUCUAUCUUCUUCAAGGCCUUCAUGGAUCUUCCUUACAUCGCAGAUUCUGCAAAGAGCCGACUAUUGGAGAUGAAAGGCCGGAUGGAUCUUUUGAUCUGGGCAUCCCGUAAAGUGCCAGAGUCACAUGUCGACGACAUUCUGAAUUAUCCAAUCCGUUUGGGCUGGCCAGAGGUGUUCUCGAAGAGUUAUCUUCAUCCAUCUGACGAUGGACAUCUAGCAAAGUUUGUUCGCACGGUCGCUUUUGCCGAGGAAUUUUGUCGUCCCUACCAGACAAAGCUUGACAGCGACACCCUUCCGCUGUCUGGGGAUAUGUGGCUUCAGAUCGGCAAUUUAGGUAAGCCUCUUCUUCUGUUGUUGGAUUCGAAAGAUGUAUCCCUGGCUAACGAUUCUUCUCUUUUUCUUUUUAGCUGUUGA